UUUUUUUUAAAAAAAAAAACUAAAGUAUAUUUAUUAUAUAUAUAAAUAAAUAAAUGACUUUUGAUUUUGAAGAAAUACCAAGGGAUUUACUUAGUUCUAUUGCACCAACAGAUAGUAUUGUUAUAGGCAUAAGUGAAGACGUUAAGCUACCAUGUAAAGGAGUAUCUGCUAUAUUUCGCCAAAGAUAUGCAAACCAUCUACUUCAAGUUCAAGCUCAAAGAAAGACACUUGGACAAAUUGCCAUGACUAUACACGAACAACGUCAUAUAUUUUAUUUAAUUAUGCGACACAAGCUUUAUAAUAAGCCUAGAUUUAUAGAUCUUGAAACUUGUCUGAUCGAAUUACGUAAAAGUUGUGAAAGAAACGGUAUCAAAACCUUAGCUCUUUCUCGUGAACAGGGUACAGGAUUUGAAGGGUUUCCAGAGAAACACAUGAAGGAAUUACUCUUUACUGUAUUUGAUGGUUGGCAUGGUAAACUAAUGAUGUAUACAGGUUCAUAAAUAUAAACUAUUAUCCGAU